CUCCCCGGCCGGAGCAGCUCAGUCCAGUCCGAGCAGAUCCGGUGUUGAGUGCGAAAGUGAAUCCGAUUCCCGAGGAGAUGGGCCUGCUGCUGCUGCUGAUAGCAGGCGUUGCCUGCGCCAGUGCGGCCGCCAACGUUGACCUGGAGGCCAAGACGUUUGUGAAUCAGUCGAGCGAUCGCUACUACAGGUUCUACAACGAGAUAGCUGCCGAAACGUACACGGCCAACAACGAGGAGGACUUCGAUGCCCUGUUCUCCAAGCUGAACAAUGUGAAGCGAAUUGCCGAGGAGCUGGUGAGCAUCUCCCGCCAGGCAGCCGGCUUUGAUCUGGACAAGAUACGCAAUCCGGAGACGAAGCUGGCCCUCCAGGAGCUGCGCACUGCGGGGGACUUGUUCGUCCUGGGCGACGACUACUUCUCCUCGGUGCAGAUGAACCUGGCUGCGCUGCAAACACUCUCCACGGACAAGGACAUCGAGCCGUAUUUGGGCGGCGCCAACAUGCCCAAUGAGGACGACAGUCCACUGGCCUACUUUCCGGACAUCCAGAAGAUUGUGCAGAGCAGCCGCGAUGCCGAGGAGCUGAAGUACUACUGGGAGGCGUGGCGCGAGAAGAAUCAGCUUUGGGCCUCCGUCAACUUCUACACCAUAGUGCAAUCCUAUCAGAAGGCGGCCAAGAUCCUGGAGGUGCCGGUGCACAAGCUGUGGUACCGCUACGACAGCCAGGAGAUGCUGCAGCAGAUGGAGCAGGCCAUGGAGGAGCUGCGUCCUGCCUACCAGCAACUGCACUCCUUCGUCCGCCAGGAGCUGAACAAGAAGUACGGCGGGGAGGUGGUCAGUCUCAGUGGGCCCAUUCCGGAUCACCUGUUCCAGCAGGUCCUGGAGCAGGCCUGGGCCAGUGGCAGCAUCCUGGAGCAGUACUAUCCGCGUGCCCAGUUGCCCGAGUUCGAUGAGUUCGUCAACCAUCUGUCGGCCAAGGCAAUGGUCAAUGAAUCCGAGAGCUUCUACACCUCGCUGGGUUUUGAGCCUCUGUCCGCUGAGUUUCACAAGAACCAGCUAAAGGAACCCAACCAGGACAGCCCCAAUGACGACUGCCGACCCUCCAUCUUCGACCUCACACCUCAUGUCUACCUCAUGUACUGCGAGAAGGUCAGUUUCCGGAAGCUAAUGCAGUACCACAGCCACAUGGCCCGGGUCUACUACGCCCAGCAGAAGAGGCACCUGCCCUCGUACUACUUCAAGGCCUACAACCUGGAGUUCGCCGUGGGCGAGGCUGUGGUCCUGUCCGCCUCCGCACCCGCCCAUCUCGCUGGGCGGCGCUUCUCCAAGACAGAGCUCAGCCAAACGGCGCUCAUGAGCCGACUUUUCCGCAUGGCAAUCCACACGAUCCUUAGCAUUCCAUUGUACUAUGUGCACACGAAGGUGAUGCAUGAUCUGCUGAACGAUACCGUGGACAUGGACACCGUGAACAAGCACUACUGGCGCCUGAUGGAGCAGCAUGCGGGAAUUGAACCGCCUUCGGAUCGGUCAGAAGGUGCUAUCGACUUCCCCUACAAGUUCUACGUGAACAUCGACCAGAGCUUCCAAACUCAAAAAUUCAUAUCAGAGAUUCUGGGCUAUCAGUUCUAUAGGGAGUUCUGCAAGAAGAGUUUCAGCAGGGGACCCCUCCACAACUGCGAUUUCUAUGGAAGCUUGGCCGUCGGCAACGAUUUAAAAUCCAUGAUGUCUUUGGGUUCCACCAAGCCCUGGAAGGAGGUGGUUGGCAAAAUACUGCCCAACAACACUGGACUCAGUAGCCUGGCCCUUUUGGAGUACUAUCAGCCUGUUUUGGAUUGGCUUAAUAAAUAUAACAAGGAUGCCAAUUCCAAAAUUGGAUGGACUGCCACCAAAAAGAAAAUUGUUUGAGGCCAUUAAAGCAGCUGUCAAUAGGCUCUUUUUAUUUUGUGCACAAAUGUUAAUAAAAUACUUUAUUUUCCUAUGUAAAAUUUUAAA